AUGGAGAAUGAGUGGGCAAAACUGAGGUCAAUUAUAUACGACACUGCCUCCGAGACCAUCGGCCACCAGGACUGGUUUGACAAUAGCUCUCCUGCAAUACAAGAGCUUCUGGAAACCAAGCGCAAAGCCCAUGCUGCCAUGCUUUCCAACCCGCACUCUCCAUCGCUCCACGCUCGCUACAAAGCCAUCCGAGGUGAGACCCAAAAACAACUCAGGACCAUGGAGAAUGAAUGGUGGCUCAAAAAAGCAGAAGAGAUACAGAGGCACGCAGAUGACAACAACGCUCAUGCCUUCUACGAGGCCGUGAAAUCCUUGUAUGGCCUGCAGAAGCGUAACAUCGCCCCUGUAAGAUCUGCAGACGGCUCUGUACUAUUCAAGGACAAAGAACAGAUUAUUGAGCGUUGGGCCGAACACUUUGACACCCUGCUUAACACAACAAACCCCUCUGAUCCUUCUGUCCUUGAUGCUCUCCCAGACCUACCACCAGUCCCUUCCCUUGAUGAACCCGCAAAGUUCACUGAGGUCCUCUCCGCAAUCAGGAGUCUCAAAAACAACAAGAGCCCUGGCCCUGAUGGACUCCCGGCUGAGAUCUUUAAGAAGGGGGGGGAUACCUGUGUAUAUGCCAGCUUUUCCGCUUCACCUGCAACACCUGGCAAAAUGAGACCUUGCCUCAAGAGUGGAAAGACAGUAACAUUGUCACUAUAUACAAGAAGAAUGGAGACAAGUCAUGCUGUGGGAACAGUCGCGGUAUCUCUCUCCUCUCGGUUGCUGGCAAGGUGCUCGCAAAAAUAAUGCUGUUUCGACUAACAACUCACGUCACAGAGAACAUUCUUCCAGAGACACAAUGUGGCUUCAGAAAGAGCCGAAGCACUCUGGACAUGAUUUUUGCUGCAUGCCAAAUCCAGGAAAAGUGCAGGGAGCAAAACAAGGAACUCUACCUCACUUUCAUUGACCUAGCUAAGGCCAUUGACACUGUUGACCGGGAAAUCCUCUGGACUAUACUCAAGAAAUUCGGUAUCCCCACCAAAUUUCUCAAUAUCCUUAAACAUUUACACGACAGCAUGCAGGCAUGCAUACUUGUCGGAGGGCAGCAAUCCCCCUCGUUCCUUGUGAAAGUUGGGGUGAAGCAGGAAUGCGUGCUGGCCCCUGUGAUCUUUAAUCUUUACCUGACGGCAGCUACUCUCCUAUUCCACAAGACCAUCAAGGAAAAAGGAAGUGUGCAAAUCCAGUUCCGUUUGGACGGGAGUUUGUUCAACAUAAGGCGCCUACAGGCGAAGACAAAGACCCUGGUCACUAACAUUCAAGAGCUGCAAUAUGCAGACGACUGUGCGCUACUGGCUCAUAGCCCAGCCGCCAUGCAGCGUGCCCUGGACACCAUGUCCUCUAUCUACAGCUCACUAGGACUCGUGAUCAACACCCAAAAAACUGAGGUCAUGAUACAGGAGAGGUGUCCAUCCUCUGUCAAUCCAGUGUUCGGCAUCAACGGUACACCCCUCCAGACCGUCCAGCAGUUUUGUUACCUUGGCAGUAUAUUAACACCUGCCUGCCACAUUGACCACGACAUCAAGGCCAGCAUCAAUCUGGCCUCAGCUGCCUUUGGUAGACUGCACUCUUAUGUCUUUGAGAACCGCCACUUAAGAAUUUCAACGCGAGCUGCAGUCUACAGAGCAGUGUGUGUAUCCAUGCUGAUCUAUGGGGCAGAAGCCUGGACUGCCUAUCGCCUACAUAUCAAAUGCCUGGAGGCGUUCCACAUCAGAUGCCUCCAGCGCAUACUCGACAUCACCUGGCAGGACCGUGUCCCCCACAGUGACGUCCUCCAGCGCACUGAUUCCACCAGCAUAGAGGCAACCCGAGUGCAGCAGCAACUCUGGUGGGCUGGAAAUGUUAUCCGGAUGCCUGGCUGCCGCUUGCCCCGUCAAGUGCUGUAUGGACAGCUCCUGUCAGUCAACAGGAAGCCAGGCGGUCCAAAACUGCGCUACAAGGACCAGCUGAAAAGCAUUCUGAGGAGGUGCAACAUCAACCCCAAUGACCUGGAGUCAGCUGCGGCUAAUCGGCCUCUCUGGUGCUCUCUGUGCCAUGACGGGGUCGUGCACCUCAAGGAGAAGCGCACUCAACAAAGAACUGUGCGGCGUCAGCAAAGACACUCCCAUGCUGCUCCAGUACCAUCUCAGCCUCCUGUUCCAGACCUCACAUGUCCUGACUGUGAAGUCCUAUUCUGGAACCACAUAUCCUGCCACAGUCAUCUACAGUGGCAUCGGCAACAGCGAAGAUGGCCACUGACCAACUCAUCACAGCAGAAGGAAGCUAUGUCAUCAUCGACAUCGAUGGACUGCCAAUGA